AUGUCCAACACCAACUCCUCAGACUCGACGCCCACAUGGCGUACCAAAGUCGCCGAGAAACGAGCCCAGCGGCAGAAGCAGAUCCCGACAGAAUGGCUGAUUGCCACCGACAAACUACCUCCCCCUGAACAGCGCAACGUCAUGUCGUUCCCGGAGACCUGUGGACUUUUGACAAGCAAAGAAAUUGAGAUUACUACCAUUGCGGAGAAGGAAGAGCGUCGAAUGGGAGAUGGUGCUCAUGCGUUGUUGGACAAGAUGAAGCGAGGGGAAUGGUCUGCUGUGGAGGUUAUGACUGCAUUCACGAAGAGAGCCUUGGUUGCGCACCAGACUACUAACUGUUUGACUGAGAUUUUCAUCGAGGAAGCGCUGAAGAAAGCCGAAAAGCUGGAUGAGCACUUCAAAAAGACCGGAGAAGUCGUUGGCCCGUUGCAUGGUCUUCCUGUAUCCCUCAAAGACCAGAUAAACGUGAAAGGGAUUGAAUCUACUAUGGGCUACGUUUCCUGGAUUGGUGACGUCGCCAAAAAGAAUGCUGUCCUAGUCGAUAUCCUGGAGUCCCUUGGAGCCAUACCCUUUGUCAAGACAAAUGUACCUCAAACUCUCAUGUGGGCGGAGACGUUCAAUUAUGUCUUCGGAAGAACGGUCAAUCCGUACAACCGAGAGUUGACAGCCGGAGGUUCAUCCGGUGGAGAAGGCGCACUCAUAGCAAUGCAAGGGAGUCCUCUCGGGGUUGGCUCGGAUAUUGGAGGGUCUAUCCGCAUCCCCUCUGGCUAUUGCGGAAUCUAUGGGUUAAGACCCUCAUUUCACAGGAUACCAUAUGGCAACUGCAGAAACUCGCUGGAAGGUCAGGAGUCCGUUCCAUCUGUCCUUGGACCCAUGGCACCGGGAAUUUCAAUGAUCAAGCUAUUCAUGAAGACGGUUCUUUCCAAGCGACCCUGGAUGAUGGAUCCACUGGUUAUUCGAAAAGCGUGGAGCGAAGAUGAAUACAAGUUGAAUGACCACGGAGGAGGCAAAAGAUUGUGCUUCGGUAUUCUUUGGGACGAUGGGGUGAUUAUUCCUAAUCCCCCGGUUACAAGAGGCUUGGAAGAGGUAAAAGCUGCCUUAGUCUCUGCAAGACACCAAGUCGUCGACUGGAAACCGAUUAAGCACAAAGAAAUCUUCAAUGCAAUUGCGAAUAUCUUUGCGGCUGGAUGCGCAGAGGACUUCGAGAUGACCUGUGCCAUUGAGGAUGAGCCACUCGUAUCCAGCAUGACGAUCGAGGAGGAGCUCAAGGUGGAAACAGGGGAAGUCUCUCGACCGGAAGUUAAAGGUGUCUCUGCCUUCCAGCUCUGGCAGGUGCAGAAGAAGAGGCGGGAUUUACGCCAGGAAUACCUCGAUUGGUGGCAAUCAAGUCAAGAAUGGGCUCAAACGGACACAGGACGACCUAUUGACGCCAUCAUCUGCCCGGUCGCUCCUCACGUAGCGCCACUCCACGGGAAAACAGUAUCUGACCAUUAUACCAUGGUCUGGAACGCACUUGAUUAUCCGGGCCUCGUCAUCCCUGUAUCCAGAGUCGACCCUGUCAGGGAUAUUAAGGUCGAGCGAUCCGAGCUUUUAGGCGACGAUGAUCGAGCCAACUACGAGGGUUACGACCCUGAAGCUUUUAGGGAUGCUCCAAUUAGCAUUCAGUUGAUAGGGAGGACACUCGAAGAGGAGGCGUUGAUUGGUAUGGCAGAGAUUGUCGAUGCCGCGUUAAAGAAGGCGAGAGAGUGA